AGCGCAGCGCGCUUGCGCAGAGGAGAGUAACUGCCGGUUGGUGGCUGCUGCUCCGCAGUGGGGAGCGCGACGGGCAGGGACUGGAGCCGGUGUCGGCAGCCGAGACCGCUGCAGCGACAGGCCCGCGGGGAGCGGAAGGCACCGGGCGCAGUCAUGUCUGUGGUCGGCAUCGACUUGGGCUUCCUCAACUGCUACGUCGCAGUGGCGCGGAGCGGCGGCAUCGAGACCAUCGCCAAUGAGUACAGCGACCGCUGCACCCCAGCUUGUAUAUCUCUAGGAUCCAAAACCCGGGCCAUAGGAAAUGCAGCAAAAAGCCAGAUUGUCACAAAUGUAAAGAAUACAUUACAUGGCUUCAAAAAAAUGCAUGGAAGAGCAUUUGAUGAUCCUUACGUACAAGGUGAAAGAGUCAAACUUCCCUAUGAGCUUCAAAAGAUGCCAAAUGGGAGUGUAGCGCUGAAGGUGCGAUACCUAGAUGAAGAGAGACCAUUUGCAAUUGAACAGGUUACAGGAAUGCUUUUGGCCAAGCUUAAAGAGACUUCAGAAAGUGCACUAAAAAAACCAGUGGCAGACUGUGUGAUUUCAGUCCCUAGUUUCUUCACUGAUGCUGAGAGAAGGUCUGUAAUGGCAGCUGCACAGGUUGCAGGUUUAAACUGUCUGAGGCUGAUGAAUGAAACUACAGCAGUUGCACUAGCUUAUGGAAUUUAUAAGCAAGACCUACCAGCCUUGGAGGAGAAACCAAGAAAUAUAGUCUUUGUAGAUAUGGGACAUUCUGCAUACCAAGUUUCAGUUUGUGCUUUUAACAAAGGAAAACUGAAGAUCUUGGCUACUGCUUUUGACCCUUUUUUGGGUGGCAGAAACUUUGACGAGGCUUUAGUAGAUUACUUCUGUGGGGAAUUCAGGACAAAAUAUAAACUGAACGUGAAAGAGAAUGCUCGGGCACUGCUGCGCUUGUAUCAGGAAAGUGAAAAAUUGAAGAAACUUAUGAGUGCAAAUGCUUCUGACCUCCCACUCAACAUUGAGUGCUUCAUGGAUGACCUUGAUGUCUCCAGUAAGAUGAACAGAGCUCAGUUUGAACAGUUAUGUGCUCCUCUCCUAGCUAAAGUGGAACCUCCUCUAAGAACAGUAAUGGAUCAAGCUAAACUACAGCGUGAAGACAUAAGCAGUAUAGAAAUUGUAGGUGGAGCCACUAGAAUCCCAGCAGUGAAGGAACAAAUAUCUAGGUUCUUCGGUAAAGAUAUCAGCACUACACUGAAUGCAGAUGAAGCUGUUGCAAGAGGUUGCGCAUUACAGUGUGCAAUUCUCUCCCCAGCAUUUAAAGUGCGUGAGUUUUCGAUCACCGAUGUUGUUCCUUAUUCAAUAACUCUAAGAUGGAAGUCCUCUUAUGAGGAAGGAACUGGGGAAUGUGAAGUUUUCAGUAAGAACCAUGCUGCUCCAUUUUCAAAAGUUAUUACUUUCCACAAGAAGGAACCUUUUGAUCUGGAAGCAUAUUAUACCCAUCCAAAUGAAAUACCUUAUCCUGAACCCAGAAUAGGGCGUUUCGCUAUUCAGAAUGUUGGUCCUCAGUAUGAUGGUGACAAUUCCAAAGUGAAGGUUAAAGUACGUGUCAAUGUACAUGGAAUCUUCAGUGUGGCUAAUGCAUCAGUAAUAGAGAAGCAAAAUGUGGAAGGAGAUCACAGUGAUGUACCUAUGGACACAGAAUCAUUGUGUAAGAAUCAAGGCAAAGAUGAUGAGCUGCAAUUCUCUUUCAUAAUUGAGGAUGAUACCCUUGACUCUGAGGAUAAGGAUAAAAUGCAGGUUGACCAAGAGGAAGGCAGUCAAAAAAGCCAGGCAGAACAGCCAAGCCAAGCAGAUGAGGAAAGUGAACAACAUGGAGGAACUGAAACAAAGACUGCUUCAGGAGACAAGCCAGAUCAUCUGGCCCAGCCUGUUAAAGCUAAAGCGAAGAUCAAAAGUAUUGAACUACCUAUCCAGGCUAGUCUGUAUAAACAGUUGGGGCAGGACCUUAUCAAUAGCUACAUAGAAAAUGAGGGGAAGAUGAUGAUGCAAGACAAGCUUGAGAAAGAAAGAAAUGAUGCUAAGAAUGCUGUUGAAGAGUAUGUCUAUGAUUUCAGAGACAAGCUGUGUGGUGUCUUUGAAAAGUUCGUCACCGAGGAAGAGUCCAGUAAACUGACCUUAAUGUUGGAAGAUACAGAAAACUGGCUUUAUGAAGAUGGGGAGGACCAACCAAAACAAGUAUAUAUGGAUAAACUUCAGGAAUUAAGAAAAUUUGGUCAGCCUAUUCAGGAAAGGUUUAUGGAACAUGAAGAAAGACCAAAAGCUUUAAAUGACCUGGGAAAGAAGGUCCAGCUUCUAAUGAAAGCAGUAGAAGCAUUCAAAAAUAAGGAUGAAAAAUAUGAUCAUCUUGAUCCUGCUGAGAUGGAGAAAGUGGAAAAGUGUAUCAGUGAAGCCAUGAAUUGGUUGAACACCAAAAUGAAUGCCCAGAAUAAACUAAGUCUGACUCAGGAUCCAGUUGUGAAGGUGGCAGAAAUACUAGCAAAAUCUAAGGAAUUGGAUAGUUUCUGUAACCCUGUUAUUUACAAGCCUAAGCCAAGGAUGGAGCCCCCGAGUGAAGCUCAGACAAAAGCCAAUGGUGAACACAAUGGACCAGUAACUGGACAGAGUGGUGCUGAAACAAAACCAGAUCCAGCAAAGGACAGUUCUCAGCAGACCAAACCAUCUGGAGAAAUGGAAGUGGACUAAAUUUUUACGUAUUUCUUUCACUUAAUUAAAAUAGUGCAAGUAACUACAGGGUCCAUUCUUCUUUUAUGUCUGGCACCACUACAAAUGUUCAGUUAUUCUUAGCCAACUUUCUGUCCUUUGUUCUUUGCAGUAGUUUUGAACGUGUUUUAUAUUGAGUGCCCUGCAAUGUUAAUUUCCAUUGAUGCUGCUUAUGUGGAGCUUUAGCCGAAUGUAGAUUGUAAGUCAGUUUAAGCUUUCCCAAUAUAUUUUAUAUCAAACAUAGGAUUGAUUAUAAAUAGCAACAAUCUACCUUAUUUAAAGCUUUUAUUGUGGAUAAACCUCAGUUCCUUUAUUCAGAAAAGGACACUGUAUUGCACUACUGAUGCUGAAGUAUAGAUUUAAUUGCAUCUUUAUUUUGGAAAAAAUAUUGGAAUUGAAGUGGUGUAAAUAUUGCCACUUGAAGCACUGACCUUUUUUCUAGUUAUUGUACUGUUAUUUAAAUAUUAAAAUAGAGGCUAGCUAGCA